CCGCGCCCGGGCCAGGUGCUCGGGCUCGUCGGCACGAACGGAAUCGGGAAGAGCACCGCGCUCAAGAUCCUCGCGGGCAAGCUCAAGCCCAACCUGGGCCGCUACGAUGACCCGCCCGACUGGCAAGAGAUCCUCAAGUACUUCCGCGGCUCGGAGCUACAGAACUACUUCACGAAGGUGCUCGAGGACAACCUGAAGGCGCUGAUCAAGCCGCAGUACGUCGACCACAUCCCGCGCGCCAUCAAGGGCACGCUGUCGGUGUCGCAGAUGCUCGACUCGAAGCUGGAGCGGGACAACAAGCAGAAGAUGUGCGACGAUCUGGAGCUGAACGACGUGCUGACGCGGGAGGUGUCGCAGCUGUCGGGUGGAGAGUUGCAGCGGUUCGCGAUCGCGAUGUCGUGUAUCCAGCAGGCGGACGUGUACAUGUUCGACGAGCCGUCGAGUUACCUGGAUAUCAGGCAGCGACUCAAGGCGGCCGAGGUGAUCCGCGAGCUGCUCACGCCGGCCAACUACGUCGUCGCGGUCGAGCACGAUCUGUCUGUCUUGGACUACCUCUCGGACUUUAUCUGCUGUCUGUACGGCAAGCCGUCGAUGUACGGUGUCGUGACAAUGCCCUACUCCGUGCGCGAAGGUAUCAACAUCUUCCUGGACGGCUUCAUCCCGACGGAGAACCUGCGGUUCCGUGAGGAGUCGCUGUCGUUCAAGAUGGUGGAGACGGCGGAGGAGUUGAUCAUCGACAAGACGCGGCAGUACUCGUACCCGUCGAUGACGAAGACGCUGGGCGGGUUCAAGCUGACGGUCGAGGAGGGCUCGUUCACGGACUCGGAGAUCAUCGUGAUGCUGGGCGAGAACGGGACAGGCAAGACGACGUUCGUGCGGCUGCUCGCGGGCGACACGCCCGACGAGGAGACGUUGAAGCAGUCGCUCAACGUGUCGCUCAAGCCGCAGACGAUCGCGCCGAGCUUCCCCGGCACCGUCCGCAUACUCCUCCUGAAGCGUAUCAAGGCUGCGUUUAUGCACCCGCAGUUCAACACCGACGUCAUCAAGCCGAUGAAUCUGGACCCGAUCUUGGACCAGGACGUGAAGACCCUUUCGGGUGGUGAGCUCCAGCGUGUCGCGAUUGUCCUCGCGCUAGGCAAGCCGAACGUGUCGGUGUACCUCAUCGAUGAGCCGAGCUCGUUCUUGGACUCGGAGCAGCGUAUCAUUGCGAGCAAGGUCAUCAAGCGGUUCAUCCUCCAUGCGAAGAAGACGGCGUUCAUCAUCGAGCACGACUUCAUCAUGGCCACCUACCUCGCGGACCGUGUGAUCGUCUUCGAGGGCAAGCCAGCCAUCGCAGCCACGGCCACCCCACCGCAGUCACUGCUGACAGGCAUGAACAGGUUCCUUGCAUCGCUCGAGAUCACGUUCCGUCGCGACCCGACUAACUUCCGGCCACGGGUGAACAAGAUGCACAGUGUCAAGGACCGUGAGCAGAAAGCUUCCGGUAACUACUUCUUCCUCGAGGAAUAA